AUGGUGUACAUUCGCCAACAUCACCUUGCUAACCUUAGAAAUUAUCGUUAUGCCGGUGUUGAUCACUCCCUCGUUAGUCGGUUUGUCCUCAAGCCGUUCUACAACAAAUGUGUGAUUGGGCUUUUUCCCAUGGGCAUGGCUCCUAAUGCUAUUACCCUUACCGGAUUCCUCUUCGUGGUUAUAAACUUCUUUACCGUGAUGUGGUACAAUCCGUCCUUGGAUACCGAUUGUCCGCCUUGGGUCUAUGCCAGUUGCGCGAUUGGUCUGUUUUUGUAUCAGACUUUUGAUGCUGUCGAUGGCAUGCAAGCACGGAGAACACGACAGAGUGGACCCUUAGGAGAACUCUUUGACCACAGUGUCGACGCGUGCAAUACCGGGUUGGGAGUUGUCAUCUUUGCCUCUGUCAUGAACCUCGGACAGGGCUGGGUCACUUUCCUAACUCUUUUCGGAGCAACUAUGACUUUCUACGUCCAAACCUGGGAUGAGUUCUACACUCAAAUUCUAACUCUAGGCAUCAUCUCCGGCCCCGUCGAGGGCGUCCUGACCAUGUGUCUAGUAUACGGCAUCACAGCCUACAUGGGCGGCGGCAGUUUCUGGCACCAGCCCAUGUUGGAGACCUUUGGAAUAUCCAAGCCUAGCUUCAUCUCAAGCCAAGUAUACAACAUGCCGUUCACCCAGUGGUAUAUCGUGUACGGAGCCGUCGUCCUGUUCUUCGCUACAGGCUCGAGCAUCGUGCACGUUCUGAAGGUUCGUCGUGAGCGCGGCCUGGAUCUCAUUGCGCCUUUGGUCGGCCUCUUGCCAUUGGCAGCGAUUUGGAUCUUGGUUCCAGCCUACCUAUACCUGAAUCCAGGUGUUCUGGAGAACCUGACGAUUCCAUUUGCGCUGUAUGUCGGUCUGGUUAACGCGUACUCUGUCGGUCGCAUGAUCGUUGGCCACCUGGUUCAGUCAGGGUUCCCGUAUCUGAACGUCUUGCUCUUCCCGCUUGUUUUGGGUGUCAUUGACAGCAUCGGUCCUUUGCUGGGCCUUUGGUCUGCCCCUUUCUUGGCGGAAGGUACAGGGCAGGUGGAGUUUGUGUUCGGAUGCCUGGGUACAGCGGUUGGUAUUUAUGGUAGCUUCGUUUUCGACGUUAUCACUACCAUCUGCGACCACAACGAUAUCUGGUGUUUGACUAUCAAGCAUCCAUAUGUCGAAGGGUCGGAAAGCAAUGGAACAACGAAAGAGGACUCGAAGACCAAAUAA